AUGCCGUCGUUUCAGACCCUCCCACCAGAAGUCGCCAUCGCAAUCCUCAAAUAUCUCAAUCCAUUUGACUUACUCUCCGUCCUCCAGACUUUCAACAAAGCACUAUUCAGCGCAGCAAAAAUAGCAUUCAAGCCUUACAAAGAAUGGACUCGCAACGCCCAGAAAAUGGCAGCCCUGUUUCCCCCACGAAGCAGCCAUAGCACCCGUCGUCUAUGCCCUUCAUAUCCUUCUCACAUCCCGCCCUUGGACGAUGAGAGUCUUUUAAUGAGCGAAGAAAUCCCAAGAAGGGAUUAUGAGUUCUUAUCACUGCCGCGUGAAGGUGGACCGUAUAUUCGAUGCUCCCCUCCUGAUCUGAUCAGUUGGAUGAAGCUCGAUGGGUCAUUCGAGUGGCUUGAACCUCUGGACGAGGAUAUGGUGGAUGAGAUGCGCCCACACAAUGGAGUUGAAGGUGAUCGACCUGUAGCGCCGAAAGUUGACGUCGAUGCUCUGGUCAAGCAAGUCAGCGAUCUGGGCCUUGUGCUUCCCAUCGGAUUUGAGGCAUUUAUCCGGAGCAAUAGGCUACACCACCGUAUUCCGAGCGCUUCGGCCUGGUACUUCCGGCUAUCGAAGCUCAUCAAAUGUCCAGCUGCCAUUGAUGACGACCAGGGAGGCUACUUGUGCCGCUUCCAUUUCGACCAACAACACUGCGCUUUUGCAUACCUGUAUUUGAGCCCAUCCGGGGGUCAUUGCGUUUUGGUGUCGGCGGUUGAUGUGCACGCAUGCUUCAACGAUGACGACGAAAUCAACGGAGGACAAUUGGAUGGGGACAACGAGGGAGAAGAGGCGGAUGGUGAAAGUAUCGACACCAGCGAGCUUACAAAGGAAUAUUUCUCCCUGGCUGGGCUUUCAUUCGAGGAGUAUCUUGUGACGGUCUACUUUGAGGGACUACUCAGUUUCAACGCUGAUAGUUUCGAGGGACUGGAGGAUUUUGUCAAGCAUGUUUACCGGUCGCCUAGAGAGGUUGAACAUCUGCGGGAAACCAAUGAAGCUAUUAGGGCCUUUCUCGAUGCACAGAAGUGGAAGGGUGUCGAACAUUACAGGCAAUCUAUUAGCGAUUAA